UAUCAGGUAGGCACCGUCGGGGCAGGCGGGCGGGGUGCCGGUGCCACUGGCAUCGGCAGCCCUGGGGUGCUGAGGUUGGGGGGGAACCGGCAUCAAACUGGGUCUGCAGGCCCCUCGCCUGAGCAUCGCCCGGAGGAGGUGGUGGUCAGCCCUCCUGAGUGACCAGGAGGGCUUUGCCAUGAGAAGGGUUGUACAGGAUGCGGGGCGACACGAAACCUGCAUUUUUCUGUUAUGGCGUUUUCAUCAGAAGAUUGACAGACAUCAUGUGAAAUGUUUCCUGAAACUCUGAUGUGGCCUGUCACCAUUUCAGAUUAUAAGAAGAAUUACAAAAAGGAUAUCCGCAACGCUUACAGCAGAAUGAAGGACCGAAAUGCCCGUGUCGGUGAUAAAGUGAGCCUGAACCACAGGUACUCAAAGCUUGUGAUCGUCAAUAAACACCGAGACGAAGAGCAGCGGGAACAUGAGAUCAUGGCCAUGGGCCGGAGGCACACAGAGAUCAUGAAGGAGCAAGCCAACUCCUCUGUCACUGUAGACGACCUUUUUAAGCCCAGCCCGGAUGGGUGGACCCCCAAGGUCGUAGUGCUCCUGGGAGCUGCAGGCAUCGGGAAGACGAUGACUGCCAGGAAAAUCAUGUUGGACUGGGCGUCAGACAAGGUGUUUGUGGAGUUUGACUAUGUUUUCUACAUACACUGCCGGGAGGGCAACCUUCUCACCAGCGAGGCGAGCGUGGAAGACCUGAUCUCCAGGUGCUGUCCCAGCGGCUUUCCCCCACUCACCGAGAUGCUGAAGAACCCAGAGAAGCUCCUGUUUGUGAUCGACGGCUUUGAUGAGCUGCGCUUUUCCUUUGAUCGGCCUCAGGCCGACCUGUGCUCCCAGCCCUGGGAGAAGAGGCCAGUGGACAUCAUCCUGAGCAGCCUGUUUCGGAAAACAGUUCUCCAUGAUUGCUCGCUGCUCAUCACCACGCGGCCAGCCGCACUGCAGAAACUCAGCAAGGGCCUGGAGUGCGAGCGCCACGUGGAAAUUCUCGGCUUUUCUGAGGCAGAGAGGAAGGAGUAUUUCCACAAGUUUUUUGAAAACAGGGAGCAGGCGGCCACAGCCUUUCAGUUUGUCCGAGGGAACGAAACGCUCUUCACCAUGUGCCUCGUGCCCAUCAUGUGCUGGAUCAUCUGUACUGUCAUGAAGCAACAGCUCAGCAGAAAGAGGGAUCUCACGCAAAGCACGAAGACCAUGACGGGAAUCUAUAUUCUCUACCUCUCCGCGCUGCUCAGCUCGCUGAGCAGCGAGUUGAAGCAGAGCAUGCCCGAGGUGCUGCGGAGGCUGUGCUCCCUGGCUGCUGAUGGGGUCUGGAAGCAAAAAGUCCUGUUUACGGAGGAGGAGGUGCAUGAGUACGCGCUGGAAGACAGAAAGGUCCUCCCGCUCCUCCUCAAUGAGCACACCUUCCACAAAGACAUCGACUGCAUCAGCACCUACAGCUUUAUCCACCUCAGCUUCCAGGAGUUUUUCGCUGCUCUCUUUUAUCUACUUGAAGAUGAAGGAGAAGCACAGAUGCUUCCAGCUGAUCCUACGAGGGAUGUGAACAAAUUGCUAGAGAACUACAGCAACUCGAGGAACUACUUCAUGUUAACUGUGCGGUUCCUGUUUGGUCUCUUAAAUGAGGAACGAAGAAAUACUCUGCAGAAGGAAACUGGGUGUAAAAUUUCACCAAAGAUUACGCAAAAAUUACUCACAUGGCUUCAGGAAAGCCAAAAAAAUGCCUUAGCUGUUCUUACGCAGGAGACCACAGUGAUUCGGGAGCUGGAGCUCUGCCAGUGCUUAUAUGAAAUCCAAGACGAGCGUUUUGUGACAACUGCUUUGGAUCAUUUCACAGGAAUGUACUUCCGAGGAGUCAAUCUUAACCAAUUUGAUCAAAUUGUCCUUUCGUUCACUAUAAAAAACUUCCCCAGACUGGAGUCACUUGAUCUGGGACAUUGCUCCUUUAUAUGGGACGACCCCAAGGAUUACACAGGCCUGCAGCCGGCAAAGCAGAUGUAUCGGGAAAAACAGCAGGAGGAGGGAAAGGAGUCACCCAUCCACCUGCUUUGCCAAGCCUUGGAAAAGUCAGGCUGUGAAUUAAAGACAUUAAGGUUUGAUCAGUGUCAACUCACAGGUGCCUGCUGCAGGGCUCUCGCCCCUGUCCUCAGAGCAAAAACCACCCUGAUGGAGCUGGACCUGGGUGGGAACAAAGAGCUGAGCGAUAGAGGCGUGAAGCUGCUGUUCGCAUGCUCUGACCUGCCACACGGAGGACUGACGCCAGUGGGCCGGGAGGCGGAAAGGCUCAGUGGCAGCGACGAAGCGCCCGCAAGGGUCUCUGCGCGGCCAGGUAGCCCCACCUCUCAUCUCUCCCGCAGGAUGGGCUGUUGCAACCUCACGGCCGCCAGCUGCAAGGACCUCGCCGCUGUGCUCGGUGCCACGCCGAGCCUGGCCCACCUCGACCUAAGCGACAAUCCCCUGGGCGACGGCGGUGUGCAGGAGCUGUGCAGGGGACUAACGCAACCCAGCUGCAGGGUGCAGAAGCUCUGGCUGUGGCGGUGCUGCCUGACAGGGGGGGGCUGCAGGGCUCUCGCCACGGUGCUUCGCGUAAACUCGAACCUGACGGAGCUGCACCUGGGGGACAACAAGCUGGGGGACAGAGGCGUGCGGCGGCUGUGCGAGAGCCUGCAGGAUGCCGCCUGCCGGGUGCAGACGCUGAGGCUGUGGCGGUGCUGCCUGACAGGGGUGGGCUGCAGGGCUCUCGCCACGGUGCUUCGCAUGAACCCGAACUUCACAGAGCUGCACCUGGGGGACAACGAGCUGGGGAAUGCAGGUGUGCGGCAGCUGUGCGAGAGCCUGCGGGAUGCUGCCUGCCGGGUGCAGAUACUGAGCCUGUGGCAGUGCCGGCUCACUGAAGCUUGCUGCGCGGACCUCUUCACCGUGCUCACUGCCAGCCAGAGCCUGGUGCACCUGGACCUGAGCGAGAAUGACCUGGGAGACAGCAGUGUGCAGCUGCUCUGCGAGGGGCUCAGACAACCCACCUGCCUCCUGCAGAAACUGUGGUUGAAGAAAACUGGAUUAAGUAAAGAAAUGCUGCAGAAUCUGGCUGCUCUAAAAGAAAUAAAGCCCAAUCUAAAUAUAGGAUACAUUUGACGAGCAGGACUCCGUUCGACAAGGGGCUCUGGCACAGUGGCUCACUGACUGCACUUACACAUGGGUUAAGAGGGGAUCAGGAGCCUGGGAGAUGUUUCCUCAACUUAUUAGAGGUCCUUUUAAUGCUGAAAGUACUUUUCAACAUGUAGGGCCAGGGUCUGGCUGCACAGCCUCAGGGCUGACCCUCCUGAGGAGGGAUUAUCACUUGUUCAUGCAGAUGGUAACUCCUUCCAGGUCCUGUGCAGGUGGGAAGGGAACAGAGUGCUGAGGAAACUAGUGUAAGGGUGUAGGAAACUGGGAUGAAGCAAUGGAUGAGCGUGUGCAACUUCCAUUUCUGGACCCAUACUGUUAGGAGUGCCCCAAUGAACAAGCCUUGGAUAAAGAGAUUUUUCUUCACCUCCCAUGGUUCAUUCACUGUGACUUGUAUAAUUGAUGAAGGUUUUCGUACUUCUGUCUGAUUCCGUAACUCCCAGGAAGGUCUUCUCAUGUCCUUUAUGGAUGUAUACUUAUUGUAGAGAAUGACUAUGUUGGUUAUACUAAUGUCAA